UCCCGGCCGACCGCACAGUCGGAUUGCAGCAGUGGCCGAGGAAACAUCGGACAACUGCGUCGUCGUCGUUGAAAGUCUCCCCAGUUUUUUUUGUUCUUCCUCCGUUACAGUGCGUUGCGUUUUCUGGAGCGAACAAACAAGUCUGGAAGCAAGUGCCGCGUAAAGUGUAAGCCGUGUGCGUGUUCAGUGUGUUCCCUACUGAUCGUUGCGUUUGUGAUUGUGCUGCCAUUGUGAUUGCGCUGCUUGCUUCGGCAAAAAUCGAACUUAAGCAGGAGAAAAACAGGAAAGCUUGAGCAGCCAAAUUGGAAAACACUCCUCAACCGAACUUCCUGCACGGUCACGCUGCAAUUUGUGUGCGCAAAUUGUUUUCCAUCCAGCUUCUCUGCUGCGCCGAAACCGAGAGAAGACGCGAGCCGCGAUUUUGCGCGUUCUGAACGAGCUGCCAGUGUGUGUGUGUGUGUGUGUGCGCGUGCCUAUUGGGGUGUGUGUGCUUUACGAGGGUGGUAUAAAUUAGGGGCAAAUAAAUACACUUCCCCCGUCUUGCUGUUGGAUUCCAACCGCCAACACCGACCAGGAGAGAAAGGAAGUCUGCUUUUGCACCCAAACGCAUUCAUCAUGAAGCUUCUAUUAGCGGUGUUAACUUUCGCGACGUCCCUGCUUAGCAUACAAUGCCGACCACAGGCGAUACAGAUCGAGAAGCAGGUGAUACGACUGGUGCCGGAUGCGCGUGCCUUCGAGCCGCUGCUAACGAAUCAGCGCGGCUCGAUCGAGGAAACCGAUCGCAUCUUGCGCGAAAUCGAACGCAUCAACAUUGCGAUGGGCUACAAGAAGAAGGUGGACGUUGCAUUCCCGCGCAGCGGCCAGGACACGGCGGGCUAUUUCUAUCCCCGGCCGGCAUACUUCCCCCCGAGCGUCGCUCAGCUGAAGACACCGCAGAAAGCUUCCAAGGGUAUCGUACCGAACCCGUUCGCGGCACAAACGUUCUUCUAUCCGGCACCGUAUCUGCAGCUUCCCAGCAUGGCCACACCGAGAGCAUUCAGAUUGGUGCCACUGCCAGUAGAGCAAGCCGUGGUGCGCGCAAGCAAAGAGCUUCGCUCACCGAAUCAGAUCUACAUACUUCCGAUCAGUGUCCCGGCAGCGGAUGGACGAUCGAGCGAAAUUCGCUUCAUUCCCAGCACGAUCAACUUUGCCUCCUUCACGCCGGUACAGCUGCGCGGCAAGGCACUCGACCUGGAGGGCAAACGGUCGGCUGCGCUCAAGAAACCGAAAGGCGUGAUGGAGGACGUCGCCGAGGUGGCCGAUGCGGUGCAGAGCACCAAGCUGGAAGAGGAACUGCUGGAAGAGAUCGCCGAAGCGGUCGACUACGAGGAGGAGGAGGACGAGAAGCAGACGGCGGGAGCGCAGGUGGCCGAUGUGCCCGCCGUGCCGAAUGACAAAUUCAUGGGCGACCCCACCAAGAAGGCUUCCAGCGAGGAGGGCGAGGAAGAGGACGAAACCGAACCGGACAUUGAGCUGGUGAUGCUGCAGAAGGUGGCCGGCAAGAGCUUCAACAUUUCGAACGUGUUCAACAACUUUACGCACCGGUUCAAUAUCCUCUCGACGACACCAACGACGGAUUUGUCAGGAUCUGCGGCGGCGGACACGCCCCAGGACCUGAAAGAUCUGAAAGAGAAACCGCUGACCGGGGAGGAAGAUCUGCCAGCGCAGGAUAAGGGACCGUUCGGCAUCUUUGCCACGAAGCAGGCGGAUGCGGGCAGUGGGCUCGUUAUUCAGCGGCUCCGUGUGCGCCAGGGUGGAAUUGCGAUUGCCGGGCCGGGCGGUGUAGCGACUGCGGGCAGCGGUGGUACGGCAAUUGUAGGACCCAACGGGACGGCCAUUACGCAUCCGCGCAGCUUAACUAUUGCUGGGCCGGGUGCAAAAGUGUACGCCGUACCGGAGACGGUAGAUCUGGCGAAGACGAUCAGCGCCUCCAAGCGUAGUCUGCCGCUCGAUGCGGUUCUGGUGGCGAGUGGUCCCGUUGUCUACUAUCGGACAUGCUUCUUCCCCUAUCGACCGGCAGAGCUUCAUACUCCGGCAGCACCAUACUCAUACCCUGCACCAGCCUUUCCAUUUACCGGUCGGCACUACAGUAUAGUGCCGGUGUCGGUGCCUUUCCCAGCUGGAGCAAACACACCGGUACCGGUAGAGACCGCACAGGGUAUGCUACCGAUUGUUCCGAUAAAUGAUCGAACUUCGGAAAAAUUAGUGCAAAAACCAGCCAUGAAAAAACGGACACGAAAACCGGCCACGAAAACCAAACCCAAGCGGGUGAUGAAUGCUCCGCUACUGCAGGCCCUCCAGCAGCAAGAUGGACAGUUCAAGGUACAGCAGUAUGCUUUAGCCGAAGCUCCGGAACAGACUUCCAAAGCCAUUUCGAAACCAUCACCAGUACCGGAGAAGAUCCAAGCGACAGGUGGGCAGCGGUUAAGCCCGGCACAAUCCACCAACCCAGUGGUAGUGAUGGCUACCGGGUCCACGACGGCCGACGCUCCGGUGAUUGGGCGCGUGCCUGUAGCACCAACCGUCCAGGAGUACUACCCGUUCUAUGGCGUUCCGAUGACGGAUAAUCGCGAGGAGGCGUCGCUCAUACUGGAACCGUCGUCGAAAGCGAUCUCGGGCAAUGGUGGCACUGCCAUCUCGACGCCCGUCUCCCAUGCCAUCCUGAAGCAGGGCAGCCGGGCGAAGAUCCUGUUCCGGCCGCAGUCGGUCGCGAUAGUCGGUGCGAACGGGCGGGCCCACGCGCAAGCCGAUCUGAUUGUCGACUAUGUGAAUCCCGAGCAUCGAACGGCUACCGAUGUGCUGAAGCUCCCAUUCUACGGUGGAGCUCGUGGGCAGAUUCUGGAGAUCCGCAAAAACAGUGACGGUACGGUAGUGAGCAAGAUCCUGCGAGGAGAUGAUGAGGACGUCGAGCUGAAGGUGCAACAGGUGGCCGACGAGGGAGCGAAGCAGUCGAACGAGCAGGCGCUCGAUGCUAGCGACGAGGACCUCAAGGCAACAGAUCAAUCGUUCGGGGAUUAUCUGCUGAAGAUACAGAAUGCUGCUGCCUCGCUCGUAUCACUACAGGAGACGGUGAAGAAGACGGGCAAGCUGUCACCGGACCAGCGCAAGGUGUACACGGACAAUCUGGAGAAGCUUGGCGUUGCUGCGCAGAAGUUGGCACACAUUCAGCAGGCAGAUGAUGACCAGGACGCGAUACGGUUCCUGUUCGAUUUAUCCGCUUUGACAGCUAACUACGAGACCGCACCGUCUGGCGAGCCGCAGAAGAAGAAGGUCUCCAGCAGCAAGAUCACAUCGUUCCCCGGGUACAAGGGCAAGGAGGAGAACAAGAAGAAGGAGGAGGAGGAGAACGUUGGCGAGGAUAGCUCCAGUGGUGAUUCCGUGCAGGUUGAGACACAGGAAAAGGAGAGCUCCAUUGCCGAGGCUAAGCCUGUUGGUCUUGCGAUCGCUGGUGAAGGUGGUGUAGCAUCAUCGAAACCCGUAGCCACUGCCGUUGUCGGUGAUGGUGGACUGGCUGUGGCACGCCCGGUAGCAACGGCCAUCGCUGGCAUUAAACCGAGCGAACUCGGCAGCUUGGGUCUUCCCAUUUCGGUCAACAAGAAGGUGCUUACCAAGGGCAAAUAUGGACUGGUUGCUGCUGGGGAUGAGACCUCCGGAGGUGUCCUCGUUGGUCCCGACUUUGAAGCUCGUGUUGCACCGAAAGAAAUCGAAGCAGAGCUGGAGGACAAUCGCCAACAGGCGAUGGCUAACUUCGACACGGAGAAAUUCUUGGCCAAUCUGCGACUGAAGACGGCCCCAGCGCCUACUCCAAUCCCAAGUGCACCCCAAUCGCUAGGCUCCUAUCAACCGGCUACGUACCUGCAGCAGACAGCCCCGUACAUGUCCGACUACAACCAGCUGGGACAGAGCGCCUAUCCCGUGUAUACGCCGACCAUCAUUCCGUUCUACAACAGCUGGGCCCCGAACUACUACCCGUACAUGAACACGCUGAGCGCUUACCAGUUGGCAGCACUGCAAUCCGCCCAGUACAACCAGUACCCGUACCUGUACGGUGCGUACCAGCAGCCGCAGCUGCAGCAGAGCCUCGCCCAGAGCCCGUUUCAGCAGUUUGACUAUCCCCAGCGCGCCCUGUACAAUCCGGCACCGGUGGUCAAUGCGGCCACUGCCUAUCCGAACUAUAACAAUUACGCAUCCUUCAGCAGCCCGUCGCCAUACCGAUUUUUCUACUAUUAGUCUGCUGAUUGGUACCGGCCCGCACGAUCGCUUCCUGCUGAACAUCGUCUCGAACGGGCCGACCACCACCGACGACUGAGUGCAUCGUGUCUCGGGCACGUUCAUCUCAACUUCACGCGGUCUGGUGAAGAAACUCAAACUCCAUUUUUAGUACUACAGUUGGCCAACGAUAUUUUGUAGGUCUUCCGAUUGGCAGCCGAGCUCGACUCCCGUCCAUGGUUGCAUACACCCCCUCACGGCUAAUCCUAAGACUUACGAGACUGAACAACUACAACGAAUUAGAUUGGUGUUAGGUGUAAGGGCAAAAACAAAACGAACGACCUCUGGAUGGAUGAUGGUACACGGGCAACGAACCCCCCGGUCCGAAAACCUGCGGAGCUUGAUGGCCAUUCCGGGGGAGUGCACGGAUCCGGUUUGGUUCGCUUUUGCUGUGUGCCAUCACGUCCGUCGUUCGAAAGCGUCGCAAACAAACUUACGGUAGCGUGCGGGAUGGGUUGUCCAUACCCGAUCUGAUAAGUGCAUUUCUUCUAGCGCGUAAGAGUACGAAAUAAAGAAACGAACGGAAUAGCUUCCAUUAGUGAUGUAGGUGGAUAACUAUAAAAAAUGA